AUGGCGUCUCCGAAGCCCCAAGUUUCGUGUUCUGCUGUGCCGUCUGUAGAAUUGAGUGUAGUGAAAGUGUUGGACUCUGAUGAGCCACUUGUCGCGAGCUCUUCUGCAGGCACCCCCUGUGUGCAAGUGUUGGACUCUAGUGAGCCACUUGUGCCCAUGACUGUGCUAUCGAAAUCAAUAGCUGGUAGUUCCCGCGCCACUGUUCCCAGUACCGUGUCGGUACUGCCGCCUGCGUCUCCAACGUCGUCUGAGAGCAGCGUGGCUGAUGCGGAACCUCAAGCUCCUGGUUCGUCUGGCCGAAGAGUCCACUACUAUGCCGAGGAAAUAAGGUGCCAUUGGAACAUGUAUAAAAUCAUAACCCGGCUCAACACCCCAGCUCAGUGCAUUGCAUUUGCUGAAGAGCAUAGGCUCCUUCCUACAGAAAAAAUGUGCUCAUAUCAUAGGAGACCUAUGGCGUUAAGCUCCAGCAGUAAGACUGGUCAGCUUGGCAUAUUUCGAUGCAGGAAGAGGCAAAAAGGGGGAGUAGUUGGAGGUUUUGCGUAUCGGGCUAGGUUGCAUCGUCUUUUUGCUGAGCUGGAGCCAUCUAUAACCGUCACAGAGCAAAACCUGGCAGACCGAGUUCGAUAUAUCACGCGCUUAAAUAUAUUUGAUGUCACCGAACUCGAACGGCUACGACGUGAGGCUGUUCCCUCAUCGGAUGAAAAUGCUACGGCUGAGGAUGCGGCGCCACAAAUUGCAGAGCAACCCGCAAACGUGGAUGCCGCCGUGAAUACCCCAGUUGUGGUUGAUUCAAUCGAUGAUGGAACAGUCGCCCAGGAACUGGAAUUAGAGCAUAUGAGGAGUACAUUGGAAGAGGCGAUUCUGGAAAUGCGCAGUACACCUCUCGAAAAUCGACCGCGACUUCCCCGCAUAGUCUUUAGCAAGCGGAAUAUUUGGAAGCCAGCCGGGACCUUUGCGAGACGGACUUAA